AACAUUGUUCACGUCACAAUUUGACACGGUAUAAUUUGACACGAGACAUUACAAACAAGCAUAAGUGGCCUAGCACGACACAAUUUUCAUAAUGCAUUACCAUAAGAAGAUAUAAAUCACUCUUAUCUAUACUCCAGCCCAUAUAUACCUGCUUUUUCUUGUAAUAAAGCCAUCAUUAGUGAUUAGCUCUAAACCCUGCAACUUUAAACUAGAACCUACAAUUUCUGAAUCUAGACCUAGUAAGUAGUAUAAGUAUUCUACGAAAUCAUUGCAAAUCACUUGUUAAAUAUUUAUUAUUAUGACAUUAUUAACAUACUCAAGGAGUAAAUCUUCCUUCACAUUUUCCCUCUCCAGAUAUUUAUGUCACAAAAUUCUAUCUCUUGUUUCACCAACUGAAUUUCCCGCCAAUUACCACCCAACUAACUUCACUACUUUUUCUCAUUUGCUCAAACAACGCCUUCCUCUCCCACAAUUGAAGCAAAUUCAUGCUCAAAUUCUUACUCAAUCUCUAUCCUUUAAUCCUCAUCUACUUUCCUCUCUUAUUCACUCUUAUCUUUCUUCUUACAAUCUAAAAUCUGCAACUUUCUUGUUUGAUAAUUACCCUUUUUCCCCUCCUCCUACUUUAUUAUGGAAUUUAAUCAUAAGGGCUCAUUCCAAAAUUCAAAAUUGUGUACAACCCAUCAAACUUUUGGGUCUAAUGCUGUCAAAUGAUAGAACUUUGAUGGUUUUACCAGAUGAUUAUACAUUUACUUUUGUAAUCACUUCUUGUUCUCAUCAUAAUUCUUCUGUGUAUGGAGAAAUAGUUCAUGGGCUGAUAGUAAAAUCCGGGUUUGGAUCUGAUUUGUUUGUUGGUAAUUCAUUGAUCAAAUUCUACUCUGUUUUUAUGAAAGUAGACAAUGCUCGUAAGGUGUUUGAUGAAAUGUCUGAGAGAGAUGUGUUUUCAUGGACUAGUCUUUUGGGUGGAUAUGCCAAAUAUGGAGAUUUUAAGAAAGCUUAUGACAUUUUCCAUGCUAUGCCUAUACGUAACGACGUAUCAUGGGCUGUGAUGAUUUCGGGUUUUGUUUCGAAUGAAAGGUUUAUUGAAGCAUUGAAUUGUUUUCAUAGCAUGUUGAAUGAUGGUAGCAAUUCGAAACCUAAUGAAGCUAUUCUUGUUUGCGCUUUAUCAGCCUGUGCUAAUUUAGGAGCUUUUGAUCAAGGAAAUUGGAUUCAUGCUUAUAUGGAGAGCAACAACAUUCCAAAGACUACGAACGUUUGCACAGCUCUCAUUGAUAUGUAUGCAAAAUGUGGGAGGAUAGACUCUGCAAUCCAAGUAUUCGAGAAAAUCCCUAACCGAGAUGUUCACAAUUUCACGAGUAUGAUUUCGAGCCUAUCAAUUCAUGGUCUUGGAAAGGAUGCCUUGAGGGUCUUCUCGGAGAUGUUGGGCGAGGGUGUUAAACCAAACGAGAUUACCAUGCUUGGAGUUCUGAAUGGCUGUAGUCAUUCAGGACUAGUAGAGGAAGGAACCUCUAUUUUCAAUGAGAUGAAAAUUUCAUUGUGCAUUGAACCAAAGAUUGGACACUACGGGUGCUAUGUCGACUUACUAGCUCGUUCCGGUCAGUUGAAGAGAGCAUUUGAUGUUGUUAAGAGCAUGCCUAUAGAACCUGAUGCUGCUAUAUGGAGGGCUUUGCUUAGUGGAUGUCGAACUCAUCGUAACAUUGCUCUAGGAGAGAAAAUCUUGAAUCAUGUCCAAGAACAAGUUGAUUCGAGUGGCCAAAUUAUGCUGUCAAGUUUAUAUGCUUAUAUGGGAAAAUGGGAAAGUGUUGAUGCAAUGAGGAAACAAAUGGGUGGUAGAAGGAAUAAAUCAGAACUUGGGUGUAGUUGGAUUGAGGUAGAUGGUGUAAUCCACGAGUUUCGUGUAGAUGAUCAACUACAUCCCCGUAUCAUAGAGAUUCGAGAAAAACUCGACGAGAUUUUGGACAAGGCAAAGCUAGGAGGGUACACCCCUAAUACAACCCAAGUGACCUUUGAUUUGAGUGAAGAGGAUAAAGAGCAAGCUGUUACUUUACACAGUGAGAAGUUAGCUAUCGCGUUUGCAUUCGUGAGCACCAAACCUGGGAGUUUAAUCAGAAUCGUAAAAAACCUUAGGACUUGUGAGGAUUGUCACUCGGCUUUGAAGGCUAUUUCUCGUGUAUUUAACCGCGAAAUCAUUGUUCGAGAUCGUUCUCGUUUCCACGCCUUUAGACAUGGGAAAUGCUCUUGUAAUGACUAUUGGUAGUCAAUGCAGUAGUCUAAAUUGCAGACACAAAAAAUCACUUUCAAGCCUUUUGGGGCAUUGUGGAGGGGCAUACAGCAUACUCAUUACAAACAAGGUCUUUUUUAUACACUCUAGACCCAAAGAUGAAAUGAAGCAAAUUGCGGAUGUUUUGACCAGCAUGAAGACAUGAACAUUAUAGAGCCACGCCCAUCAGGUAAAAGCAAAGAUUCCAUUUAUGAUUGCAUGUGCAUGGUCAUCAAUUUCAUAUCAUGCUUAUACCCUUAAUGAUUGCAAUAUUAGUCAGCUGAUAUUAUUUAUGUUGUUAAACAUAUUCCUAGAGUAUAGGGUCAAAUUUUAAAUGAUACAAAGAUAUGGUUUGUAAUGGGAAUAAGAUUAGUGGCCCACAUUUAGGAUUUUUGUUUAUCUUUGUGGGCUCUAAAAGGCAUCAUGUAUUAUGCACCUAAUUGUUCAUGCUUACAAAGUGAUUAAAUGAGCUGGUUGUGGUUGUCCUUUCUAAA